GUUUCUGCCGGCCUGGCCAUGUGCUCCUCGCUGCUUCUCUUUUCCAGCUGGCACGCAUUCAAAAGCAAACCUUCUACAAUCAAUCGCUGCGAUAUCCAUAACUUUUAAGCUGCGCGUUUUGGGAAAGACUAAACAUAAGUCCGCAGUGAGCCCGCAAGCCUUCUUUACCUACGCGUAGUAGGCCGUCCUUGCAUCCAGUAUAUUUUGCCAUACGCUCCCGAGGACCAGGACAUUAACCGCCGGGCCUCGGUUAUUCCUGCAGCUGGCAGCGGACAAUCAGCGCCGAGCGCCAGCGCGUUGACGGGGUGCUUGCGGGCGGAGGGUCGUAAGGCCUCCCCCGGGUUUCUGUGUGAACAAUUUGAGUGGUCCACCAGCUCUCCUUGAGGAGCGGGAAAAAUGGUGGAGGUCGCGGGCAACCCGGUGAAGAAAUUCCUUGUCAAACAAUUCCUGCCGCUCGGCUUUCUGGUGGCGGUCUUGUUUGCGAUGCUCUUCCCCGCACCCGGCAACGCGUUGUACCAACUCAAGGUCAACGGGUGGAAAAUUAUCACCACCAUCAACAUGGCCCUCAUCUUCUUCAUUUUCGGCAUUACCCUCGAAACUUCUGAGCUAAAGCAGGCCCUGAAGGGUUACAAGACGCUGCUGCUGGCGAUUGUGACCAUCCUGUUCAUCACCGGCUUGACGGGUUUCAUCUUCAUCAACAUGGACUUCCAGCCUAUGGAGUUCGGUUACGGCCUGGCCAUCUUCGCGUGUGUUCCCACCUCCCUGUCCUCGGGCGUUUCACUGGUGAUUCAGGGCUACGGCAAUGCAGCCCUGGCUCUUAUGAUGACCGUGGCAACCAACAUCAUAGGCAUCUUCAUCUCCCCCCUGGUGGUGACCAUGAUUCUGGCCUCCGCCAUCAAGAACAUUCAGGUGGAUGCCGCGGACCUGGUCAUCAAGCUGGGCGUGUCUAUUAUCAUCCCCUUGGUGGCGGGCAAGGCCGUGCGUGAGUUCUUCAAGCCCGCGCUGCAGUUCGCCACCACGUAUAAGGUGCCGCUGUACCUUCUCAACCAGUUCCAGAUCAUCAUGAUCGUGUGGCAGACGCUCUCCCACUCACGCCACGAGCUCCUCAAGCAGAAGUUCUACGAUGUGGUCUUCGCCAUCAUGGGCGCUAUUGGCCAACAUUUCUUCUUCCUGCUCAUGGCCAUGGUCAUCGCCUGGCUGGCGCCCCUGUUUCGCCUUCGUAUGCCCGAGUCGGAGCGCAAGGCCUUCAUUAUCAUGUGUGCGCAGAAGUCGCUGCCCACCGCUGCCGUGAUCAUCAGUUACCUGCCGUCGGGCGCUACUGAGGAUCACACGGAGAACGAGACGGAGGCAGAGGUCGCUACAGGCUCCCAGGGCCUGGGUGACCUGGGUCUGGUAGCCAUCCCCUGCAUUGUGUUCUACGUAAUGCAAGUGUUCAUCGACGCGUUCCUGGCAAACGGUUGGGCUAGCAAGUACGAGAAGCGCUUUGAGCUGGUCGACAAGUACGCAGACGCUCUGGCGGAGCUGGCGAAGCUGGACCCGGAUGCGCCAGCGCUGGCGCAUCCGGAGGACAACAAGGCAGAGGGCGCCGAGGGCGUGGCCGCGGCCGGUAGCGAGGUGAAGAUGGACAUGGCGGAGCCGUCCGACAAGGCGCUGCUUCUGGGGGGUAACCUGGCAACUGGCGGGCCCAGCGACAUAAACUCUCUCCAAAUGACCAGCCGGUAACGGCUGUUAGCGAGAGGCUUGGGUAGACGUGCGUCUUGCCAGAGGUAGUAGACAGGCACAUUGCGGGAGGGCACUACCGUAUGGCGAGCAAGUGAAGGACUGGGAAGGCACACGUGCACGGGUCGCCCCGCACCAGCUACCUGCAGCGCGACUGCGUAACAGAUGUGCGCUGGGGCCAUUCGAACUGACGCUUGCAGAGAAUUGGUAUGGUUCAGAUGACGUAUACUUCUUGACGCUCACAACUGAUUGUUUUGACGAGUGCAUAUUGUCGGGGGCAAGCGACGCUGUGCUACGGACGUGUGAUCCGACAUCUUGCGAGUUAGGUGAGCGUGCGUGCUGCGGGCAAUGGGGCAGACCGGCAGGCGUAAGCAGGAGGCGAGCGGGUAAGCGCAUGUGUUUGGGGGAAACCUAUGCAAAUCCAAGUGGGGUGAGCACGCUGGGGAAAGUAAUUCGUGUGGCUUCAAGGUGUUACGUUCUGUGCGGUGCCUUCCUGCCUCGAUGCGAUAAGCCCGAUGGGAGCACUCGGAAGGUGGAUGCUGCCGAACGGUGCCGCGUUCGGCUUCAUACACCUCCUGUCGUCUUUGCUCAGCCAUAGUUAUGUAGCGACUGCGACUGUGUGGGUCACCAGACCGUACAUGCAAGUCCGCCCACCAGCCAGCAACGAACGGUGCAGAAGGGAUUGCAGAAGGGCAAAGGCCGCGCACCCAUUCAACCCAUUUGCCCCGCAGCCGGAUCGGAGCAUGUCACCCACGCACACGUUUGCUUUCACCGUGGUUGAUUCGUUGGCGGAGGAAGUGCCUGCGGGAGUGCGAUAGCUGGCGAGAGGGACUAACGGCAUGGGAGGGGAAUAAUAAGGGGCUCCUCUGGUCCAAAGGCACGUGGCAAUGGUCUGUGAGGGUUCAUGCAGUGCUUCUUGCAACUUGAAGUGCA